GCGACUCUCCUGCGACUUCCUGGGUUUUCGAUAAAAAUUUUCGUCGAGGCGCGAAAAUACGAAAGCAGGAAACAUCGAAAUAAUGUAAUAAUGAACAACGUGGGUGAGUCCUAAAAAGAAAGACGAUUUUUGAAUUGUGUCAAUGGAAAAUGGAUACAGUUAUGAAAUAAUUAAUAAUAACAUUUCCCCAUUGCAUUGAACUAUGACAUGAUCUCAGCAUACAACAUCAGCGCCCUUACGUCAGAUGUCAACGCAACGACGACCAUCAGCUACAGCUACUUGUAUCCAGCGUCUGAUGCCAGUAACGGUACCAACUCGACCGCGUUCGGAAAUAAUUCCAGCUACAAUGGUACCAUUAUCGAGUACGGUAGCUCGGUGUUUCCUAGCUAUAUAAGAACUACUUCGAUGAAAAAUGAUGAUGAGGAACAAAAUCGUGACACUGACAGUGAUAGUUUGAAUGAAGCAAGUGAAAAUGCUGAAAGUCAUAAUGCUGAAGAUGAAGAAAAUGAAAAUGCAGAAAGUCAUAACGCUGAAGAUGAAAAAAGUGAAAAUGCAGAAAGUCAAAAUGCUGAAGAUGUUGAAAGUAAAGCAGUUCCCUUUGUUGAACUGACAGUGGCCCACGCCUCAGUACUGACUAUUUUAGCUAUAAGUUUCGAAAGGUAUUACGCCAUAUGCAAACCAUUAAAAGCUGGUUACAUUUGCACCAAAGCCAGAGCUUCUCUGAUAUGCUUACUAGCUUGGUUUAUUGCUGCCGUAUUUACUAGUCCCAUACUUGGCAUAGCCGAAUUCAAACUAGUGGACUACUUUGACGGAACAAAAGUAACAGCCUGUCACACGUUAGCUAACACUUUCUGGUCCGCCCUGUACUUCCUCAGCAGUAUUUUCCUAUUUUUCAUAGUUCCUCUUGUCGUGCUUCUUGUACUGUACUGCAUCAUAGCUAAAAAUCUCAUCUAUAACGCCGCCAGUUUAGUUUUGAACAAACACAUUGACAAUUACUCGAUGCGAGCGAGACGACAAGUGAUUCUGAUGCUUGGUACCGUGGUACUGAGUUUCUUUUUGUGCCUGAUACCGUUCAGGGUGUUCACUUUGUGGAUUAUAAUAGUACCAGAGGAAAGCGUUAUGAAUCUAGGCAUGGAACGAUAUUACAAUAUUUUAUACUUUUGUAGAAUAAUGGUGUAUUUGAACUCGGCAGUUAACCCGAUUCUGUACAAUCUUAUGAGCUCGAAAUUCAGAACGGGCUUCGUGAUAUGCUCGGAAACUAGACGCAAACUGUUUUCGGGCUCCGGACAACAUUCCAGCUCUAGAAGUAGUACUUUUCGUACCAGCCACGAAGGCUACAGGGUUUGUUACAGGCCGAAAAACUGCUCGGUGCUCAUUAAAACUUCUACAGAUUCGUCCGACACAAGGAGUUUGGAUUCUAAUAAAGGAAAAUCAGUGGCUUGUGUUCACGAAGAAUGUUCAAGGGUUAAUGUGAAUAUAUUUACUGAUAGAGUUAUUAUUUGUCAUAAGCAGGCUAAUAAUGGGGGGAAUCCAAUUCUUGCCAUAACCCAAUACGGCCCAGAAGAAUAUUUCGAUGGUUCCCUGGUAUUCGUCUGCUUCAGCAUGGUCGUCGACAUAAUGCCUUGCAUAUUUUUCAUUGGUUCAGUUGUAAUUUUCUUCAUUUUUCCCUUAGCCAUUCUGAUAUGUGUUUACGCUCUGAUCGCAAGGACUUUAAUGGCACAUCCUACAAAUUUGGUGGCUCUCAAUAAUAAAAGCAUCUCAAUACCAAAUCAGAGCGUAAUAAAAUACCGAAAACAAGUCAUGAUGAUGCUGGGCACGGUCGUCAUAGCAUUUUUCGUUUGCCUCCUGCCUUUUCGGGCUUUAACUUUGUGGAUUAUCAUCAGCCCGCCGGGCACAAGUUUUCAAAUCGGUUUCGAAACUUACUACAACAUACUUUACUUUUCCAGGAUAAUGUUUCACAUAAAUUCAGCAGUGAAUCCGAUUUUGUACAACAUAAUGAGCUCCAAGUUUAGGGGUGGGUUUUUCAAGUUGUGCGGCAUCAGGAAUUUGAGGAGACAGUUUAGGAAGACUGAAAUUAUUAGGAAGAGUACUACUAGUUCCACAACUCCGAGUACUCAGCCUACUUCUGAGAGUGGUUUGAGGAGUUUGAGGGCUCAAUCAAGUUUGAGAGAAGUCAAGGAAAAGCCAAAAUUGGAAGAGCUUUCAGCCGAACAAACAAAAAAAUCCACUUUAACAAAAAAUGUCUACAUUAGAGCUCCACUGCAAAUUGUUGGAAGUGUGGCCGGUCAAAAAAUAAGUACCGGUGCAGAAAUUUACGUUUAG